AUGAAUUUUGACCAGAAGGCCGUAAAAUUCCUGGCAAAUUUUUACAUCAAUGGAGGCAAACACUGGACCCGUGGCCCCCUGAGGCAGAAGCUGCCUGUGCCCACCCAGCCCAAUGGUGCUGUGCUGUUCUGGAGGCCAGAGCCAGGGGCUGCCUGGGAUGAGAUGUGGCCCCCAGGGGUGCAAGAGUUCCCGGUUGGCCUCAGGAUGCAAACGGACGCCCUUCAGAAGCCCCCACUUAUGUGCACCCAGAACCUGAGGGAGCUGUUGCUGGAGCAGCGACCCCCCAUCGUGACGGCCCUGGAUGUCCCUGGCCCCACCAAGUACCAGGUGCCGGAUGCCUCAGUGCGAGAGUCCUCCCCACAUCCCCACUUCAGCAUCGGCCGCAAGCACCCCUGCCGUGAGGGUGGUGGCCGCAGGGCAUGGCAGACCAUGUGGUUCCAGAGUGAAACCCCCUUCAUGCAGAAAACGGACUUUAACAGAGAGCAAAAGUGGCCAUCACCUGCCAACUACCAGCCACUCAGCCAGUCUGCCUUCCCGGCCUGCAGUUUUGGAGGCCACCGCCCCGCUUCCAAGACACCUGAGGCCCGCAUCCAGCCCGGGCUGCCACGGGUAGGGGGUGCACAUCACCGUCACCAUGCGCAGUCCCUCUUCCAGGCCUCCCUGCAGGCCCCAGGUGGUGAGAAGCGCCCUGGCCCCAACACCUACGACAUCGUUCCCGGGUGCCGACUGCAGAGCCCACGCGCACCCAUGUGCACCAUGAGCCACUCACCUGCGUUUGCCUCCUGGAUCAGCUCCUCCUGCACCCCCAGCCCAGCUGCCUACUAUGUGGAGGAUUGCUAUAACUCGCGCUUCCCCUCAGCGCCCAGAGCGGUCAUCCAGGGCGUGCGAAGACCCAAGCGUCAUGACACUGGCCCCUUCUGCACACUCUAG